AUGUCGAAACAAAUUGACGAUGACAAGAGUAAGCGAAAAGCGAAAAAAGCUGCUGGAGCUGUGCCGAAUCAGAUGCAAAACGAGAAAAUGCUGUUGCCGGGACACGUUCUUCUCAACAGAUUCGAAGUGCAGGAGAUGAUCGGCGGUGGCGGAUUCGCGCAGAUUUUUCUGGCAAUCGAUAAGCAGACGAAAGCUGAAUGUGCCGUCAAAAUCGAAGAUGCCAAACAGGAUAUUCGGCGGAUGAAGCUCGAGAUUACUGUUCUUUUGGCAUUACGUGGAAACCUUGGUAUUCCGGAAGUGAUGGGAAUGGGCAAAACGAAAACUCCGAAUGCACAUUUUUGUGUGAUGCAGCUGGUUGGCAAAAACUUGUCCGAUAUUCGCAGAAAGCUUCCCGCUCGUUGCUUUUCUCACAAAACAUUGUACAGAGCGAUGAUACAAAUAGCGAAAGCGUUGUCGAUUGUGCACGGCGCCGGUUUUUUGCAUCGCGAUUUGAAGCCUUCGAACUGCUGCAUCGGGCAUGUCGACGUCACUCGAAUAUACCUUAUUGAUUAUGGAUUGACUCGACAGUACCUUGACAAGGGGGGAAUUGUGCGGAAGCCUCGGGUCGGUGUCGGAUUGCGAGGCACAAUCCGCUAUAUGAGUCUCGACGGACACGCGAGACGAGAUUUGGGUCCCAACAAUGAUCUUGUCGCAUUUUUGUAUACCACUAUUGAAUUGGGCGAUGGAACACUUCCUUGGACGUACGAAAGAGAUGCCGACGAAAUUGUCAAGUUAAAACAAGCGUAUAUCGGUGAAAAAUUGUGCGCGAAACAGCCGAAAAUGACGAAAGUUGCCGAGUACAUCGAAUCCCUAAAUUACCACAGUAUACCGGACUAUGAAAAAUUGAUCGGCAUGCUUGAAGAGUGCAAUCCAUCGGAUUUGAAGCCUGAUGAGCCUUAUGAUUGGCAAUUUGCGAAAAAUGAAUGCAGUGUCCAAAAAGAUAAUAAUAUUCUAAAUAAUGAGAGCGAAGAGAAAGCCAUACAGGCGACUCAAAAUAUUUGA